GGCUACUAAUUUCUCACAUGAUAUGCAGCUAAGACCUCAAGCUUUAUUUCUCCAUCACAAAUGGCUAACGUAGAAGCAGAUAGGAGAGAAGAUUAUACAGAAGAUGGGACUGUGGAUAUCAAAGGCAAACCCAUCUUAAGAUCAAACACUGGGAGAUGGAGAGCUUGUUCCUUUAUUGUGGGGUAUGAAAUAUUUGAGAGGAUGGCAUAUUAUGGGAUAGCAUCAAAUCUGGUGCUGUAUUUGACAAAGAAGCUCCAUGAAGGCACUGUAACAUCCUCAAAUAAUGUCACCAAUUGGGUUGGUACUGCUUGGAUUUUACCCAUUUUAGGUGCUUAUCUUGCUGAUGCUCAUCUUGGUCGAUUCUGGACUUUUCUCAUUGCAUCGGCUAUUUAUUUCUUGGGAAUGUGCCUCAUUACCCUAGCAGUUUCAGUACCUGCACUAAGACCUCCAUCAUGCGGCCCAGGGAUCAAAGAAGAGGAAUGUGACAAGCAUGCCUCUCCUUUCCAAAAAGGUGUCUUCUACUGUGCAUUAUACAUAAUUGCAGUAGGAACUGGUGGAACCAAGCCAAACAUCUCUACCAUGGGUGCAGACCAAUUCGAUGAUUUUGAACCAAAGGAAAAGAUACAGAAGCUCUCAUUCUUUAACUGGUGGAUGUUCAGCAUUUUCUUUGGUACCCUUUUUUCAAACGCUUUCUUGGUGUACAUACAAGACAAUGUGGGUUGGACUCUUGGCUAUGGCCUUCCUACAGCAGGAUUUGCAAUUUCCAUCUUUGUGUUCUUGAUGGGCACUCCUUUCUAUAGGCAUAAGUUGCCUGCUGGGAGUCCAUUCACUAAAAUUGCACAGGUUUUGAUUGCUGCUAUGAGGAAGUGGCAGGUACCUGUCCCAAAUGAUCCCAAAGAGCUUCACGAACUUGGCAUAGACGAGUACUCCAAAUCUGCCAGAUUCAGAAUCGAUCACACCCCUUCCUUAAGAAUCCUCGACAAAGCUGCUGUAAAGAUUGGUGGAUCAAGAAGUUCACCAUGGAUGCUAUGUCCAGUGACUCAGGUAGAAGAAACCAAGCAAAUGAUAAAAAUGCUUCCAGUUUUACUGACAACAUUCAUACCCAGCGCCACCUUAGCUCAAGUAGGCACACUCUUCAUCAAACAAGGCACCACCCUGGAUAGAAGCAUGGGACCUCAUUUUGAAAUCCCUCCAGCAUGUCUCACAGCAUUUGUCACAAUCUUUAUGCUUAUAAGUCUUGUCCUAUAUGAUCGUUUCCUGGUGCCAGUCCUCAGGCGUUACACCAAUAACCCCAGAGGGAUCACAUUGCUUCAAAGAAUAGGAAUUGGUCUAAUCCUGCAUGUUCUCAUUAUGGUCACUGCAUGCUUUGUUGAAAGGAAGAGACUUAGUGUUGCAAGAGAUCAUAAUAUUGUUGGUAAACAUCAGAUAAUUCCUCUCAGUGUUUUCUUUCUCCUCCCUCAGUUUGCUUUGAUGGGGGUUGCUGAUACUUUCCUGGAAGUUGCAAAGCUAGAAUUAUUCUACGACCAAGCUCCAGAAGGAAUGAAGAGCUUGGGGACCUCAUAUUUCACUAGUAGCUUGGCAAUUGGGAAUUUUCUCAGUAGUUUUCUUCUCAAAACAGUUGCUGAUAUCACACAGAAGCAUGGCCAAAAAGGGUGGAUUUUGGAUAAUCUUAACAUCUCCCAUUUAGACUACUAUUAUGCAUUCUUGGCAGUCUUGAGCCUCGUCAAUUUUUUUCUCUAUUUGGUGGUAGCUAAUUUGUUUGUUUAUAAUGUGGACAUAGAAUCCAAAAGAGAUAUGCAUGAAGAAAUGGAAAUUUCCCUGAGCUAAGCUGAUGAACCUCCUGUAUGUUCUAUACAAGGAACAACUAUCAGCACCUCAAGAAUUAUAACAACUGUGGAUUGUAUUUCAUCCUUGAGUUGCACCCAAAAAAAAAAAAGUUUGUCAAA